GAUUUACGUGAUCAUGGGAGGAAAGUCUGAGGACGACGUGGCCGUGGCGGCGGGGCAGUUGCGCACGAUGGGCGUGCGCGUGUCGGCGUUCGGAGCCGGAUACCAGGACUCGGCGGCGCUGGGUUCCAUCGCCACGUCUGGCUCGCUGGUGCGCAGCUGGAGCAGCUUCCAGGCUCUGCUGUCCGACAGUGCCAGCCUCACCGGCAAUGCCAUCUACUUAUCGGAGGAGCCGGCGAGCAUCGUGUUCGUGGUGGACGCGUCGGGCGCCGUCAAGGCGGACGAGCUGCAGGCCGUGGGCCGCUUCAUCGUGAGCAUGGCGCACCGCCUGAGCCUGGGCGCGGGGCACGCGCGCCUCGGCGUGGUGCUCUACGGCGCGACGCCCUCCACCCUUGUGGUGCCCGGGGAGCUCAGCUCGGCGCAGCAGCUGGAGGCGAAGCUCGCCGGUGGCUUGCGCCUCGUGGGUGGCGCCACCAACACGGGCGCCGCCCUCGCAUUCGCCCUCAACAGCGUCAUGACGGCAGAGUCCCCCAAAACACCCAAGAGCAUCGUGCUGGUGACGUGGGGCCCGUCGAGCGACGACGUCUCCGCGGUGCCGGCGCUGCUGCAGCAGCACGCCGUGAGCAUGCUGGCCAUCGGCGUGCGCGGCGCCAACCAGGGUCAGCUAGACGUGGUCGCGUCGCGCGGUGGGAAGGCGUUCCAGAUUGCCAGCGGAUCCCUGCUGCUGCAGCUGCAGGGACAGAUUCUCACCAGGACCCUCUAUAUCACCAGUGACGUGACGAUUAAUUACAUCAACCGUGGCACGAUUGAAAUGGAGGAAUACGAGGAAGGCGCAGUCAUCAACUGUGCAGACGUUGAUCUGAAUGAACUCAAGAACUCUGGAUUCAACGUGGCCUGCCAGAAGAACACAGAAGUUUGGAAAUGAGUCUGAGGGGGUCUAUCCGUCGCUGCCGCACGCUCGAGGCUCGGCUCACGAGCAGCCCGGAGAGCCUCACCCCCCCCCCCCUCGUGCCGUGAUCUUUCCUCGACGAUGAGACAACCCCAUGAGCCUCCAGCCUCGCCGGCGGCUGACGUGCAGACGCACGGCACGCGGUGCGAGAGCCGCCACGGCCUCCAAAGGGCCACGGUCUUCAAGCAGCUCAAAGAACCUAAUGGUGUGACAUUUUUAGGUAUAACGUCUUAAUAAUACAGUGCAUGUUUGGGAUCCACUCGUAUUUUUUUUUAUAGCUACUGAAUAGAGGGAAGCGUUUCAAACGGACGGGCAAUGUAUAGCUAUGGCACAAUGCGAAGGUGCAUGCAUGAGAACUUUGUGUUCGGAGCAGUAUUUCAGUGGCGGUUUCGAUGGAGUUUACUCACCUGGUGGUACAAUAAAUGGUUUGCAGGGGACCGGUAUUUGUUAGGGUUUUUUUCUGCCAGAUAUGAGACUAUAUAAAACAUAGAUGUUUGGUUGAUUUACUUUGUGGGGCCUCACCGUGCUUCCGAGUCAUCGGCUUCUGCAGCUUUGAUUAUUUCGGGUCGGUUGUUUUAUUUGACUGGCCUCAGCCUGUAAGGAUCAUGAUAAUUACGCUUGCAUCUUCAUCAUGGAAAUGGGAGUAUUUGUAAGCACUACACAAGGCAAGGGCAUCUUCAUCAUGGAAAUGGGAGUACUUGUAAGCACUACACAAGGCAAGGUUUGUGCAAUUACUUCUCCUCAAGAGUGGGAGUAGACAAGCUGCCCCGGCACAUCAGAAAUAAGAAGUCGUGUGGUUUCCUACGUCUUCCAACACUGGGUGUGCCACACUCGGUGUGCGAUGUGUGUGGAUGCUGUGACAUGUUGUCACGAAUGCAAUGUGUUAUCAGGGUUGCACUUUUGCGGAGGGAGAUAAACAUUACGAAAUGUACUUGGUAAUUUCCUCAUUGUAUCUGAAUUUAGGCCGUUUAUUUUAAUAAAAGUUA